AUGGACGUGGACGUUGACGUGGACAUGGACGUGGACGUAGACAUGGACGUGGACAUGGACGUGGACAUGGACGUGGACAUGGACGUGGACGACGUGGACAUGGACGUGGACAUGGACGUGGACAUGGACGUGGACGUGGACGUGGGCGUGGACGUGGACGUGGACGUGGACGUGGAGAUGGACGUGGACGUGGACGUGGAGGACUUGGACGUGGAGAUGGACGUUGACGUGGACGUGGACGUAGACGUGGACAUGGACGUAGACGUGGACAUGGACGUGGACGUGGACGUGGACAUGGACGUGGACAUGUACGUGGACGUCGACGUGGAAGUGGACGUGGACGUGGAGAACUUGGACGUGGACAUGGACGUGGACAUCGACGUGGACGUGGACGUGGACGAAGACAUGGUCGUGGACGUGGACGUGGACGUGGACGUGGACAUGGACAAGGACUUAGACGUGGACGUGGACGUGGACGUGGACGUGGUCGUGGACGUGGUCUUGGACAUGGACGUGGACGUGGACAUGGACGUGGACAUGGACGUGGACGUGGACGUAGACGUGGACAUGGAUGUGGACGUGGACGUGGACGUGGACCUGGACGUGGACCUGGUCGUGGACAUGGACGUGGACGUGGACGUGGACCUGGACCUGGACGUGGACGUGGACGUGGACAUGGACGUGGACAUGGACGUGGACAUGGACGUGGACGUGGACGUGGACGUGGACGUGGACGUGGACUGGGACGUGGACGUGGACGUGGAACGUGGACGUGGACGUGGACGUGGACGUGGACGUGAACGUGGACGUGGACCUGGACGUGGACGUGGACGUGGACGUGGACGUGGACGUGGACGUGGACUGGACGUGGACGUGGACGUGGACGUGGACGUGGAGAACUUGGACGUGGACAUGGACUUGGACGUGGACAUGGACGUGGACGUGGACGUGGACGUGGACAUGGACGUGGACGUGGACAUGGACGUGGACGUGGACAUGGACGUGGACGUGGACGUGGACGUGGACGUGGACGUGGACAUGGACGUGGACGUGGACAUGGACGUGGACGUGGACAUGGACGUAGACGUGGACGUGGACGUGGACGUGGACAUGGACGUGGACGUGGACGUGGACGUGGAGGACGUGGACGUGGACGUGGAGGACGUGGACGUGGACGUGGACGUGGACGUGGAGAACUUGGACGUGGACAUGGACGUGAACGUGGACGUGGAGGACUUGGACGUGGACAUGGACGUGGACGUGGAGUGGACGUGGACGUGGACAUGGACGUGGACGUGGACGUGGACAGUGGACGUGGACGUGGACGUGGACGUGGACGUGGACGUGAACGUGGACGUGGACCUGGACGUGGACGUGGACGUGGACGUGGACGUGGACAGGGACGUGGACGUGGACGUGGACGUGGACGUGGAGAACUUGGACGUGGACAUGGACGUGGACGUGGACAUGGACGUGGACGUGGACGUGGACGUGGACGUGGACAUGGACGUGGACGUGGACGUGGACCUGGACGUGGACGUGGACGUGGACGUGGACGUGGACAUGGACGUGGACGUGGACAUGGACGUGGACGUGGACGUGGACAUGGACGUAGACGUGGACGUGGACGUUGACGUGGACAUGGACGUGGACGUGGACGUGGAGGACGUGGACGUGGACGUGGAGGACGAAGACGUGGACGUGGACGUGGACGUGGAGAACUUGGACGUGGACAUGGACGUGAACGUGGACGUGGAGGACUUGGACGUGGACAUGGACGUGGACGACGUGGACGUGGACGUGGAUGUGAACGUGGACGUGGACGUGGACGUGGACGUGGAGGACUUGGACGUGGACAUGGACGUGGACGUGGAGGUAGACAUGGACGUGGACGUGGACAUGGACGUGGACGUGGAUGUGGACGUGGACGUGGAGAUGGACGUGGACGUGGACGACUUGGAGGUGGACAUGGACGUGGACGUGGAGGUGGACAUGGACGUGGACGUGGACGUGGACGUGGACGUGGACGUGGACGUGGAGGUGGACAUGGACGUGGACGUGGACAUGGACGUGGACGUGGACGUGGACAUGGACGUGGACGUCGACGUGGACGUGGACAUGGACAUGGACGUGGACGUGGACGUGGACGUGGACGUGGACAUGGACAUAGACGUGGACGUGGACGUGGACGUGAACAAGACGUGGACGUGA